AUGAGUUCAAAUAAGGAUAAUACAAAUGAGCAAAUUGCACCUGAAGAUUUAACAUCAUUUCUUAAUGGCCUUGCAGACAAGAUCCAAAAUAAACUAGAUGAAACGAGCACAGAUAUAAAUAAAAAGUUAGAAGAGAUGAAUACGCGUAUCAACACUAUUGAAAAGACAUUAAAGCAAAUGCAUGACAAUAACAGUAAUUGA